AAUCUUAUCUGUUAGACAACUUCCACACGGGAUUUCCACAAGUAAUUAGAAUUCUGGAUAUAUAAACCAGUACCCACAUGGCCCAGAUAUCAAUUUUGCACCUUCACAACCUUUAGCGUUGUUUACCAUCAAACAUGGUUAAGCCCCCAAACAGCUUACAGAAGAAAACACAAGAGUUGAAGGGAGUGAGAAUGAGAAAAUGGGGGAAAUGGGUUUCGGAAGUGAGAGUGCCCAAUUCCAGAGCCAGAAUUUGGCUGGGCUCGUAUGAUUCUCCUCAACAGGCAGCUCGGGCUUAUGACUGUGCUGUGUAUUGCCUCAGAGGAUGCAAAGCCAAGUUUAAUUUUCCCGACUCUCUGCCGGAAAUUCCAUCUGCUUCGUCAUUAUCUCCGGUACAAAUUCAAGCCGUUGCGGCCAAGUUCGCCAGGGAAGAAAUCCGGCAGGCGCCGGAUGAGUGCUCUGCAUUUUCUACUCCUGAAUCGGUGUGUUUUACGGGCAGUCUCACGACUUUGGAGGAGCAGGAGUGGAUGAAGUUGUUUGACUCCCUUCUUCAGGAUAUUGAUAGAAAUCCGUCUCUUAUGUUUGAAGAUUUUCCCACAUUUGAGAAUAUUGAUUUUCUUCCGGUAGAGGAAAAACAGGGGUGGAACACAAAUUUUAAAUUCACGUCAAGUGACGAAAUGUGACCAGGAGCAGGGACUCUUUAUACCGCUCCUCAACACUGUAAUUCUUCAUUCUUUUCUAUAUACAUUAUAAAAUUGGCUUCGCAA